UGUUCGUUUUGUGUGAUGGGCUCUGCAGAGGACAAUUUUAGGCCGUCAAUUUAGCCCCCGCCCAACAUUUGAACGGUCGUGAUUUCCAUUUGACGCCCCAGUAAAGCAACGUCGCUCUCUUUCAACCUCAUUGACUCUCACCGAAAUGGAGACAUGGAGGCCAUGGUAACUCCAAGCAGAACCCCUUUCUCCCCCUUUCUCUCUUCCCAACUCAAACCCAUCCCAAAACCUACUCUUCAUCUCCACUCUCCAAUCCCAUCUCCACCACCAAAAGAUGCCACCGCCACCGCCACCACCUUCACCUUGCAACAGACUAAAGAGAUCCAUGGCCACAUUAUCCGAACACAAUUCCGACCAACGAAUAUCCUGCCUGCUCAAUCCAGUCCUCAAGCCCAGCUUAAUUUUCUCAUCACUUCUUACAUCAAGAACAACACACCGUCCGCCGCACUGAAUCUCUACGCCCGCAUGCGGGAGACUGCGGCCAGCCCCGAUAACUUCACCGUCCCCUCAGUUCUCAAGGCCUGCGCGCAGCUCUCGAGUCUCCGACAAGGAAUGGAAAUCCAUGGGUUUGUCAUAAAGGCCGGGUUCCAUUGGGAUGUCUUCGUACAUAAUUCCUUGAUGCAGAUGUACUCGGAAUGUGGAUCCUUGGGGUUUGCUACGAAGUUGUUCGAUGAAAUGCCUGAUAGAGAUGUGGUCUCGUGGAGCACUAUGAUAAGGAGCUAUGCAUGGUGUAAGUUGUUUGACGAAGCCAUUGAACUCGUCAGAGAGAUGCUCCGGUCAGGCAUAAGGCCUAGUGAAGUAGCAAUAAUUAACAUGCUUAAUCUCUUUGCCGAUGUUGGAGAGUUUACAAAGGGCCGACCUGUGCAUACUUAUUUGAUAAAAAACAGUGCUAGGGAAUCACCUAGUGUUAAUGCUACCACUGCCCUGAUUGAUAUGUACGUCAAGUGUGGAAGUAUUUCUGCAGCAAGAAGAGUCUUUGACAGGAUGGAGGAAAAGAGCACUGCAUCAUGGGCUGCCAUGAUAGCUGGUUUCAUUCGUAGCAGAGAUAUGGGAACUGCGAUGGAGCUGCUUAUCGAGAUGCGGCAUAAUCAUGUAUUCCCCAAUGAGAUCACGAUGCUGAGCUUGGUGAUUGAGUGUGGAUCGAUUGGCAAUUUAGAAUUGGGCAAAUGGCUUCAUGCCUACAUACUUCGAAAUGGAUUCAAGAUGUCGGUAGCUUUGGGCACUGCCUUGGUCGAUAUGUACUGCAAGUGCCGUGAUUUGUGGAGUGCAAGAGAAAUGUUUGAUCUCAUGGAUGGGAAGGACAUUGCAGUGUGGACUGCCAUGAUUGCAGGAUAUGCGCACACCAAUUGCAUCAAAGAAGCCUUUGAUCUCUUCACCCAGAUGAAAGAUGCAAAUAUAAAGCCAAAUGAAAUAACCAUGGUGAACCUCCUCUCUUUAUGUUCCGAGGCUGGGGCUCUCGACCGAGGAAGGUGGAUUCAUGCUUGUAUUGACAAGCAAGGAAUAGAGAUGAAUGUUGUGCUCACCACUUCAUUGGUAGACAUGUAUGCCAAAUGCGGGGAUAUCAAUGCAGCGUAUGCAGUAUUCACUCAAACUACUGAUAGAGAUGUGUGCAUGUGGAAUGCAAUGAUUAACGGACUCGCCAUGAAUGGGUAUGGAGAGGAAACUAUCAGUCUUUUUAUGGAGAUGGAGAAGGUGGGUGUUAGACCAAACAAUGUCACUUUCAUUGGAGUAUUGCGUGCAUGUAGCCACUCAGGACUAGUAGAAGAGGGAAAGCAGUUCUUUAGUUGCAUGGAACAUGAUUAUGGAUUGGUUCCAAAAGUCGAACAUUAUGGAUGCAUGGUUGAUCUUCUCGGUCGAGCUGGACACCUCGUUGAGGCACAUGAAUUGAUACGCAGAAUGCCUAAUGAACCAAAUGUGAUAAUAUGGGGGGCACUUCUUGCUGCAUGUAAAGUUCAUAAGAAUCCGAAAUUGGGGGAACUGGCAGCAAAGGAGCUUCUCAAGCUUGAACCCCAUAGUAGUGGCUACAAUAUACUUCUCUCAAACAUCUAUGCAAUUGAUCGGAGAUGGAGCGAGGUUGCAGAAGUAAGGAAAUCGAUGAAGGAUACGGGAAUUAAGAAGAUGCCUGGGAUGACCGCGAUUGAGGUAAAUGGAGUGGUUCAUGAGUUUGUGAUGGGUGAUGCUUCACACCCACAGAGCAAGAAGAUCCAAGCAAUGCUCUCAGAAAUGCAGGAGAAGCUCAAACGGGCAGGACAUGUUGCUGAUACUUCAGGCGUAUAUCUUAACAUAGACGAGGAAGAGAAGGAAACAGUGCUCAACUAUCAUAGUGAGAAAUUAGCCAUGGCAUUUGGUCUUAUCAGUACCCCACCACGGACACCAAUUCGAAUUGUGAAAAACCUUAGGGUUUGUGAUGACUGUCAUGCUGCUACUAAGCUUCUCACUCAGAUAUAUGGCAGGGUGAUUAUUGUACGUGAUCGAAACCGCUUCCACCGGUUCUGUGAAGGAUCAUGUUCUUGCCAAGACUAUUGGUAGGUGGUAGUGAUAUUAUUUAGAGAAAUUCAUCAAUGUCAAGAAGCAAUUUUUUAUCUACUAAUUAAUACUAUAAUUGACUUUUGUCUAGAAUUGCAUGCGCUUAAAUUAAGUCCACUAUAUUUCACAUUAGUUUUAGUAUAGUCUGUACAUUUUUGACUGACAAUAUAUUUCAAAAUAAAUAAUU